AGGACCUCCGGGUUUCCUAGAGAGGACUCGGAAGUACUCUCGGGGGCUGGUUUUGCGGCGCCAGCCCGUUGGACAGGGAAAGCUUGGACUUGCUUACUUCCGGCGAGGAAGUGUGGAGAAGAGUCGCCUUUGGUUUUCUCACCGUCUGUGGAAAGAAACCCAUCUCUCCAGCCUGGAUUGCAGGAGCUCGGUCGUCCAGGAGAGCUCCCCGAGGCUGGAGGCUGGAGGAAAGGGAAUGGGCGUUGCAACCAGACGGGGGCCCAUUCUAACCUUGACCGGGCCGGUCUCCCGGGUGUACGGGGUCAGGGUCGAUUCCGAGAAAUCCAGGUCCAAAUCUGCCCUUAUUACCCUGCUUCCCUUCGGGACCCAUGAAGUCUCCCGUUGGUCUGCCAGGUCCUUCUGGCUUGGAAGACAGGACCAGUUUUGAUCAUUGCAGUGUUUUUGAGCCCUGUUCUGACUUAAGUUUGACUUAAAGAUAGAAGGAGCGACUGCGUCUGGACUAGUUAGUAAGUCUUGUCCUAUUAAUAUUCUUCACCAGUUACAUUGUGUGGGUUGGGCCUGAUGUCAGAUUUUUUUUUAUGGCUUUCAUUUACAUUUUUUUGAAUGUUGGAAAGAUGUUUAAUAUUUCAUGGGUGGAGUUACAGCUGACUUGUUCAUAUUUUAAAUGAAUUACUCUGUUGAAUGGUCGUCUUUCGUAUAAAUGAUCUUUGUGUCACCUCUUUGCUAAUAAUAAUUUCCAAUAUAUCAGUAGGUUGCACAAUAAUGAACGUGCCCUCCAGAAGACCCUAAAGAGCAGAGAACGUAUUUGAUCAGUGUAAAACAGCUGAAGUGGAGAGACAUCCUUCCGGGUUUGGAAUGAUAAUGACAGAAUCUGGGGAAGUCGUAGACUUGGACUCCCCAGCUGAGACUUCACAACAGCAAGAAGACCUUCUGAUAGUGAAGGUGGAAGAAGAAGACUGCACCUGGAUGCGGGAGUACAGUCCGCCCGUGUUUGAGACUUUUUACCAGCGCUUCAAGCACUUCCAGUACCAUGAGGCAUCAGGCCCGCGGGAGGCCCUCAGCCAGCUCCGGGUGCUCUGCUGUGAGUGGCUGAGGCCCGAGCUGCACACCAAGGAGCAGAUCCUGGAGCUGCUGGUGCUGGAGCAGUUCCUGACCAUCCUUCCUGAAGAGUUCCAGCCCUGGGUGAGAGACCAUCACCCGGAAAAUGGAGAAGAGGCUGUGGCUGUGGUAGAAAAUUUACAGAGGGAACUAGAGGAACGCAGACAACAGAUUGUGGCAGGUCCGGAAGUCCUUUCUCAGAAGGCGGUGUCAUCAGGAGCCAUGCAGGAGUCCUUCUGUCACCAGCUUCUGUCUCUGGACCCCCAGCCUGAACAAGAGCCACAGAAGCCUCAUCUGGAGGAAAAUGCCCUUCCUGCUCUCCAAGUUUCUUCCCUUCCCCUGAAGGACAGCCAGGAGCUGACAGCCUCACUUCUCUCAGCUGGGUCCCAGAAGGUGGUGAAAGUGGAAGACGUGGCUGAUGUGGCUGUUUCCUUUAUCCUGGAGGAAUGGGAACAUUUGGACCAAGCCCAGAAGUCUCUCUAUAGGGAUGACAGGAAGGAGAAUUAUGAGAGUAUUACCUCCAUGGAUUGCAAGUCAAAGAAUGACAAUAUGGAACUCAUAGUAAAGCAGAUUUCUGAUGAAGCCAAAUCACACUGGGUGACAUCAGGAAACACUGAAAGUGUUGCCCAAGGUCAAGAAUUUGGAGACGUUAAUGACCUUCGCAGCAUGGUAGAAGGGUGGCAGGUAAACCCCGGUGUGGGGAAGUCAAGGCAGAACCCUUCUCAGAAGAGAGAUCUUGGUGCCAUCACAGACGUUAACUGUAAACAAAACACAAAUGCUGAGAGAGGUCACAAGUGUAACGACUGUGGUAAAUUUUUCCUUCAAGCCUCAAACUUCAUUCAACAUCGGCGAAUCCACACUGGAGAAAAGCCAUUUAAGUGUGGUGAAUGUGGGAAAAGCUAUAAUCAGCGUGUGCACCUUACUCAGCAUCAGCGAGUCCACACUGGCGAGAAGCCCUAUAAAUGUCAGGUGUGCGGAAAAGCCUUUCGCGUGAGUUCCCACCUUGUCCAGCAUCACAGUGUGCACAGCGGAGAGAAGCCCUAUGGAUGUACCCAAUGUGGGAAAAACUUUGGUCGGCACUCUCAUCUGAUUGAGCACCUGAAGCGCCACUUCAGAGAGAAGUCCCAAAGAUGCAAUGACAAAAGGAGUAAGAAUACAAAAUUGAAUGUUAAGAAGAAAAUUUUAGAAUUUUCAGAAGCAGACAUGGAACUAUCUGGAAGAAUCCAAAAAAAUGUUUCUCAAGUUCAAGAUUUUGGAGAAGGCAAGUUGGAUAGAAAGCAGGGAAUUCCCAUGAAAGAGAUAGUGGGACAACACUCUUCAAAGAGGAUAAAUUUCAAUCAAGUCACAUAUGUCCACAAAAAAUCCACCGCAGAAGAGAGACCACAUAAAUGUAAUGAAUGUGGAAAAAGCUUUAUUCAGAGUGCCCAUCUUAUCCAACAUCAGCGAAUACACACUGGAGAGAAACCAUUUAGGUGUGAUGAGUGUGGGAAAAGCUAUAAUCAACGUGUGCACCUAACUCAGCAUCAGAGAGUCCACACUGGCGAAAAACCCUAUACCUGUCACUUAUGUGGGAAAGCAUUUAGAGUAAGGUCCCAUCUUGUUCAGCAUCAGAGUGUGCACAGUGGGGAGAGGCCCUUUAAAUGUAACGAGUGUGGGAAAGGUUUUGGGAGGCGUUCACACCUUGCCGGGCACCUAAGACUUCAUUCUAGAGAGAAAACCCAUCAGUGUCAUGAAUGUGGGGAAAUCUUUUUCCAGUAUGUUAGCCUCAUCGAACAUCAGGUGCUCCACAUGGGUCAGAAAAAAGAAAAAAAUGACAUUUAUGAGGAAGCAUAUAGUUGGAACUUAACAGUGAUGGAAGAUAAAAAGAUUGAGUUACAAGAGCAGCCUUAUAAAUGUGAUAUAUGUAGCAAAGCCUUUAAUUAUAGUCCUGACCUUAUUCAGCAUUACAGAACUCAUACUGCAGAGAAAACCUGUAAAUCUGAUCUAUGUAGAGAAAAUGGUGGCCAGUGUUCUCACAUAAAACAACGUCAAAAAACCUAUUCCAACGUGAAAUCCUAUCAAUGUAACGAAUGUGGCAGAGGCUUCACUCUGAAGUCACAUCUUAAUCAACAUCAGAGAAUCCAUUCUGGUGAGAAACCCUUUCAAUGUAAAGAAUGUGGAGUGAGUUUCACAUGGAGUUGUAGCCUCUUCAAACAUCUGAGAAGUCAUGAGAGGACAGAUUCCAUAAAUACCUUAAGUGUAUAGAUGUUUCUGUUAUAGCACCGCUCUUACUCAAUUUAGACAGGCUUUCCUGAAGAGAAAUCGUACUCCUAUGAUGAAUGUAGUAGCAACUUCAGCUUAACCAUAAAACCUCCAGAUACAUAACUGAAAUCAUUCAGUUAGAAUUUAGGAACAGUGGAGAACAAGAAAUAGAUAAUUUGUUUGCUUUCCCAAGGAGAAAUGCUUUUAUUAGCAUCUUCAUGCUUGAGAAUGUAGACAAAAGAGAACCCAUGGUGCCCGAAUGGCAUUGCUCAGUGGUUGAGUGUCAAUCUAUGAACCAAGAGGUCAUGGUUCAAUUCCUGGUCAGGGUAGUAAAAAGAGAGAGAGAGAGAGAAAGAGAGAGAGAAAGAGAGAGAGAAAGAGAGAGAGGGAGAGAACCCAUGGAUUUUAUGAGUGAAGGAAAACCUUCAAGUAGCACUUAUUCUUCAUUUGAAUGUCAGAGCAUUGACACUGGGAAAGCCUCAUGGAUACAGUAGAAAUAAGCUUUGUUUGUAAUUUCUGCCUUGACGGCUUAUCUAUUCGGGGAAGAGCACAGGUAAAGAAAGAGAACUCCAGCAUGAUACUUGUUUUGGUACCUCAGCAAUGAACCUCCCCUAGAAAUGAUUGUCCUGGCCAAUGGAAGGCACCAGUCAUUGUUCCCAUCGUAAGUAUUAGACCCUUUG